AGGAGGAUGAUGAUGAUCCUGACGAGACCUGCGUGAGUCAGAUGAAGGGGCACAAAGUGAACAGCCGCCCCACGUUUGCUCACGUCGUUGUGAUCCGUAAGAAGGACGAGAGGAGGAAGCUGAAGGGCGCCACCUGUAAAGAAUGUGACGUAUACUACGCUCACCUCCCAGAGGACGAGAAGCAGAAGAAGCUGUCUUCGUGUUCCCGGCACCGCUUCCUGUACAUCCCCCCGUGUACUCCCGAAAACUUCUGGGAAGUCGGAUUCCCAUCCACUCAAACGUGCAUCGACCGAGGGUACGUCCGCGAGGAGAAGAAACCUGAGGCUCGCACUCGGAGGAGACAACCGUUCAACGCUUUAUUCUCCCCGAAGAGGAACCAUCAGGACAGCGACAACAGCUUCUCUCUGUAGGACUGAAGUCAAGGUGACACCAAGGUUAGACCUGUGGGUCUGAUGCACAGAGGGUUUGAAGGCUCGGUGCUCACGCUGCUUUUAGAGGUCAAGAAGGAGACGUUUGUGGAUCAAUAAAAGUGAACGUGAAUGACCAACGAUGUCUGUUCGAUAAGAAACACAGAGCAUGAGACGACGUUCACAACGUUUAUUUGGUUAUUUGGGAAGCAGAAUAUCACAAAAUAAAGUUUUAGUAGAAAGAAUCUCUUGAGGGAGGGAGGGGCAGAGGCGAGCUGCAGGUUGGUCAUCUGGUCUGAGAGUCUGCAUCAGAAUAAAGCAGCAGAGCUCCUCCCACGUGACUGACAAGCACGCUGCCAACAUACAGGACAACACGCGUUAACCAAUGACAUCAUCGAGAUAUAAAACACACGGGAGAAACACGCACCAGAUCAGAGACGGAGUGUUGACGUCCAUGUGGAAGAUGAACGGAGAGAGACACACGGCAGAAACCUGGGGGGGAAGAGAAGGAGAACAGUUAUUACUCAAACCCUCGCUCCUCUCCAGCUCCGCCAUAGCUCCGCCCUCUUUCACUCAUGCUGAAGAUAUUUUUGUGUGCAGGAGUUUACCUACAAUCUUUAAAAUAAUAAAUUAUCUAACAUUG